CUCAUUCUACCCAACAUGGCAGAGCAAGCAAUCACGCAAGGCGCUAUCCAGAGCAUCUUUCAGCCAGGCGGCUGCUUCGUGGAGCACCCGGUCCUGCAAUGCGUGCAGAUCAAGACCAUGGAGCCCAAGGCGGGCGAAGCAAAUCCCAUACAGCGCUUCCGCGUCGUAUUGAGUGACAUUCGCAACUUCAUCCAGACGAUGAUCGCGACCACUGCCAACGAAAUCGUCACUUCUGGUCAGCUCAAGAAGGGCUCGAUAGUACGCCUCCUCAAGUACAACCCGCAACGUGUCAAGGACAAGAACAUCCUGAUUAUCAUGGAACUUGAGGUUCUUUCGCAAUACGGCGAACUUGACAAGAUUGGACAGCCUGAGGCUCUAGAGACGAAGCCCGCCGAUGCACAGCCUGCCGCUAUUCCAGGUAACAACUUCUACGGGUCAAAGCCCGCACCGGCCCCCCAGCCUCAGCGCUCGCUGCCUACUCAUCAGAGCAACCCUGGCACUUCGUCACAUCCCAAUCUUUACCCCAUCGAAUCUCUUUCGCCCUACGCACACAAGUGGACUAUCCGUGCGCGAUGCACCCACAAGAGCGACAUGAAGGAGUGGCACAACGCCAAGGGAACGGGCAAACUGUUCAGUGUGAAUUUGCUGGAUGAUACUGGCGAGAUUCGGGCAACGGCUUUCACAGAUGUUGCCGACAAGCUCUACCCCGUCUUCGAGGAAGGCGUCGUAUACUACAUCUCGGCGCCCUGCAGAGUUACGCUUGCGAAGAAACAGUUCUCAAACCUGCCCAAUGACUACGAGCUGCAGUUUGAGCGCGACACCGAGGUUGAGAAGGCGGAAGAUCAAGAGAACAAACCACAGAUACGGUUCAACUUUACCAAGAUUGGCGAUCUCAACUCGGUUGAAAAGGAUACAACAAUCGACACGAUUGGUGUGUUGAAGGAGGUCGGCGAAGUUACUACGAUAACAUCAAAGAACACCAACAAAGACUUUAGCAAGCGAGAGCUCACGCUAGCUGAUGACAGUCAGACAUCGGUGCGACUCACCAUCUGGGGCAAGACGGCCGAGAGCUUUGAUGCACCGCUGGAAUCGAUCAUGGCAUUCAAGGGAGUAAAGGUCUCCGACUUUGGCGGCCGCAGUCUGAGUCUGUUGAGUUCGGGCUCGAUGAUGGUUGAUCCUGAUAUUGAUGAGGCCCACAAGCUGCGAGGCUGGUUCAACGCAGUUGGCCAGAAUGCUACCUUUUCCACUCAUCAGAACAUGGCAUCCACCACAGGAAGCUCCAAGAACGAUGCAAAGCCAAUCUCGGCGAUUAUCGAGGAAGAGAGCUAUCUCCAAGAUACGCCCACGUACAUGAGCCUUCGCGCGUCAGUCUUGUUCGUCAAGAACACGACUUUUGCUUAUCCUGCAUGCUCGACACAGGGCUGCAACAAGAAGGUGAUUGAAGAGAACCCUGGCUCUUGGUGGUGCGAGAAGUGCCAAGCUGCGUUUCCUGAGCCCAACUAUCGCUACGUGCUUAGCGUCAACGUUGGCGAUCAUACUGGCACUCUUUGGCUCAGUUGCUUCGAUGAGGCUGGUCAGGCGAUUGUUGGCAUGUCGGCAAACGAAGCCAUGAAGAUCAAGAUUGACGAUGAUGAGAAUGGCACACAGAAAUUCAUGACUGUCAUGCAGGAGGCAACCUGUAAGACGUUCAACUUCCGAGUGCGGGGGAAGAUGGAGAUGUACCAGGAUCAGCCCAAGCCUCGGUAUCAAGUGCUGAACAUUUACCCGCUCAACUAUGCCCAGGAAGCCAACAAGCUCGCCCAGCUCAUCAAGCAAUAUAAUAUGAACGAGGACAGCUUGUUCGUCAACUAAGCCCAACGGCAAGGCACGUUCUCCAAUUGCAGUUGGCAUGCAUACUUUCAUGAGUUCUGUAUAUUUUCGCAGACGUAGCGCAAUCAAGGUCUUGUGCUUGAACGCGUGCCAGUAAUGUCGAUUGUAUG